AGCGUUCCGCGCCCCGCGCCGCCCGGCCCCCCCGCCGCCGAUGGCCGCCGACCCGCCGGGAGCUGCCAAGAAGGGAGAGAUGGCUCCCGGGACACGUGUGAGCCCUCGGCGUUGCUGACGCCCCCAAUGUCGUCGAGCAGCCGGGGGCCGGGGGCCGGAGCGCGCCGACGCCGAACCCGCUGCCGCCGCUGCCGGGCCUGUGUGCGAACCGAGUGCGGGGACUGCCACUUCUGCCGAGACAUGAAGAAGUUCGGGGGGCCCGGGCGCAUGAAGCAGUCGUGCCUGCUCCGGCAGUGCACUGCCCCCGUGCUGCCACACACAGCUGUGUGCCUCUUGUGUGGGGAGGCUGGGAAGGAGGACACAGUGGAGGGAGAGGAAGAGAAAUUUGGCUGGAGCCUCAUGGAGUGUACAAUCUGCAAUGAGAUCGUCCACCCUGGCUGCCUGAAGAUGGGGAAGGCUGAGGGGGUCAUCAACGCGGAGAUCCCCAACUGCUGGGAGUGCCCUCGCUGCACCCAGGAAGGCCGCACCAGCAAGGAUUCAGGUGAGGGGCCAGGCCGCCGCAGGGCUGACAACGGCGAGGAGGGCGCCAGCCUGGGCAGCGGCUGGAAGCUGACGGAGGAGCCACCGCUUCCACCGCCCCCGCCCAGGCGCAAGGGCCCUCUGCCUGCUGGGCCCCCACCUGAGGAUGUGCCUGGGCCCCCUAAACGGAAGGAGAGGGAGGCAGGGAAUGAGCCCCCCACCCCGAGGAAAAAGGUGAAAGGAGGCCGAGAGAGGCACCUGAAGAAGGUGGGUGGAGACGCCUGCCUCCUCCGAGGAUCGGACCCAGGCGGCCCCGGCCUUCUGCCCCCCAGGGUUCUGAAUCCGAGCCAGGCUUUCUCGUCCUGCCACCCUGGGCUCCCUCCCGAGAACUGGGAGAAACCAAAGCCGGCCCUGGCCUCUGCGGAGGGCCCGGCGGUGCCGUCCCCGUCGCCCCAGAGGGAGAAGCUGGAGCGCUUCAAGCGGAUGUGUCAGCUGCUGGAGCGGGUGCCCGACACCUCCUCUUCCUCCUCGGACUCCGACUCGGACUCCGACUCCUCGGGCACGUCGCUGAGUGAGGAGGAGGCCCCCGGCGAGGCUCGGAAUGGGCGCCGGCCUGCCCGGGGCAGCUCCGGCGAGAAGGAGAACCGCGGGGGGCGGCGGGCCGUGCGCCCCGGCACUGGGGGGCCCCUGCUCAGCUGGCCCCUGGGCCCCGCCCCACCACCCCGGCCCCCACAGCUGGAGCGACAUGUGGUACGGCCCCCACCUCGAAGCCCUGAGCCCGACACACUGCCUUUGGCUGCUGGAUCCGACCACCCCCUGCCCCGGGCCGCCUGGCUGCGCGUCUUCCAGCACCUCGGGCCCCGAGAGCUGUGCAUCUGCAUGCGAGUCUGCCGGACUUGGAGCCGCUGGUGCUACGACAAGCGUCUGUGGCCUCGAAUGGACCUGAGCCGGCGGAAGUCGCUGACCCCGCCCAUGCUCAGUGGGGUGGUUCGCCGCCAGCCCCGUGCCCUGGACCUCAGCUGGACAGGUGUCUCCAAGAAGCAGCUCAUGUGGCUUCUGAACCGACUGCAAGGCCUGCAGGAGCUGGUGCUCUCCGGCUGCUCCUGGCUCUCUGUCUCCGCCCUGGGCUCAGCCCCACUGCCGGCCCUGCGGCUCCUGGACCUCCGCUGGAUCGAGGAUGUUAAAGACUCCCAGCUCCGCGAGCUGCUGCUGCCUCCUCCAGACACCAAACCAGGGCAAACAGAGAGCCGUGGGCGGCUGCAGGGGGUGGCAGAACUGCGGCUGGCGGGCCUGGAGCUGACGGAUGCCUCGCUGCGGCUCCUGCUGCGCCACGCACCCCAGCUGAGCGCCCUGGACCUGAGCCACUGCGCCCACGUCGGGGACCCCAGUGUCCACCUCCUCACGGCCCCCACCUCCCCUCUCCGCGAGACCCUGGUGCACCUCAAUCUUGCUGGCUGCCACCGCCUCACGGACCACUGCCUCCCGCUGUUCCGCCGCUGCCCGCGCCUCCGCCGCCUGGACCUGCGCUCCUGCCGCCAGCUCUCGCCUGAAGCUUGUGCCCGGCUGGCAGCUGCCGGGCCCCCCGGCCCCUUCCGCUGCCCAGAGGAGAAGCUGCUUCUCAAGGACAGCUAGUGGGGCGCCCCCACCCCCCCAGGACUCAUCAGGAGCCUGCCGUCGGCCUUCAUUUCACCCCUGCCGGAGGCCAGGGCUCCCACCUCGCGGCGGGAUUCCUGCCCAGGGACUCGAGCCAGCCCCCCCCCCCCGCACUGAUCUCUCUGGGGGUCGCUCCUCCCCAUCUCCUCCCCUUCCACCUGCUUCAUUGUCCAUCCCCUGGGGGGAGUGGGUCAGAGGUACUGGGGGGUGCUGAGCC